AUGACUACAAAGAGCAAUGCUGCUGCAAUCCUCAAAGAUGUUGUUGCGUACGUUGAUGUGUGGUCCUCAAGCAAGACUGAGAAUUACUCUGAGCCUUUCAUUCACCAGCUUCUUCAAAUGGGUGCAGAGGUCUCGAAAACAUUCAGCAAACAAGUCACCCACGUAGUGUUCAAACACGGUCGCCAGUCCACAUGGAAUAAAGCCAAGAGUACCGGUGCCAAACUCGUGUCUGUCCUCUGGGUGGACAGAUGCAGAGAAAACAGUGAACAUGUGGAUGAAGAUCUUUUUCCUGCUGUGAAUGAAGAGAGUAAAGUCACUCAUAUAAACAAGAGAACACAUCGCUGUAUGCAACCAAGAGACAUUCCUGUGAGGACACCUGAAAAUGACAAACGCUUAAAAAGGAAACUGGACAGAAUGGUUGGAGGCCUUAUAUCUUCAUCUCCUGUCGUUUCAGACACGUCGCCGCUCAUCAUCGACGAGGAGAACGGAAUAGUGUACAGCCCUUCGUCCAGAAGAGCUGAUACUAUGGCUCAGCGACUGAGGGAAAUGAGAGAAAAAAGGGAAAAUCUCUCUCCAACUGCUUCACAGAUGGUGGAGUCCAGAUUAUCACUGGAGGCCUCAGUCAAGCCAUCUCUUGGUAGCACCCCAGCACAGUCUUUUACUCAGCUGCUAGAAGAUGACAGCGUGUUUGAGGACUAUUUUUCACCAGCUAACAACACUUCAAGGUGCAGAACCCUUUUGCUAAAGUCAGCCUCAGAGUUGAAGCACUUACCCUCUUUUGAACUGGAGCCUGUCUCUGGAAAACAAGCAUGGACCAAAAGCAAUAGCAAUGGGCCACCAAGCAGGAAGAGAAAGCUCAAAGUCAGCGGUGAAGAGCAGUCAUUUAGUCAGAUGAAUACAGCUGCUAAGCCAAAUGACAUUCUCCUGGACCACAAGACUGUGCCAGCUGUUUCCAAAUCUGAGGAGCAAAAGAAAGAACCUGCAAGCAAAAAACUGAAGACAAGAUCGAAGCAGAACUCUUUAACGCUUUCUGAAGACAAUGAAGCUAAAAGACUUCUUAAUGACAUUGAUGGGCUCAGUGAGAGAAGUUCUGAAAUGGGUAGCAAAAAGAGAACUAUGACAAUGGACAAAUACUCUAAGGCAAAGAGAACCUUGGUAAUGACGAGCAUGCCAACUGAAAAGCAGCACACAGUGCUGCAGGUGGUAAACAGCCUGGGUGGUUUCACUGUUGUGGACACAGUGUGUGAAAGCACCACUCAUGUGGUGACCGGCAGCCCACGGCGCACCCUCAACGUGCUCCUAGGUAUUGCCCGCGGCUGCUGGAUUCUGUCCUUUGAGUGGAUCUUGUGGUGUCUGGAGCAUGGACAGUGGAUUCCAGAGGAGCCUUAUGAAUUAUCUGACCAUUUUCCCGCUGCGCCUAUAUGCCGUCUACAGCAGCAUCUCUCAGCCGGGGAGCAUCAGCAAGACCUUUUCCAGGGCCAGCCAGUCAUGUUUGUGUCUCCGCUUUCACAACCACCUAGUCAGAGCCUAGCCGAGCUCAUCCAGCUGUGCGGGGGAACGUUGAGUCGGAGUGUUCGACAGGCAGGCAUCUGCAUCGGAGAGUACAAAGGCAAGAGACCAGAGGGAACCAGAAGCCUCUCGGAACAGUGGGUGUUAGAUUGUGUGACUCAUCUUACACUGCUCCCAUAUGAAAACUAUGACUUGGAUUGGAGAUCCCAGUGA